ACACCUUUUAUAGUUUAAGAGGUAUUCUUCUAAUAAUACUUUGGGAAUACAUUUGUCACGCCCUAGAACCCAAAUCCGAGGCGCGACAGACGCCGUGCACUCGUGAGACGGGUCCCACAAGUGUACAAGGCUCGGAACUUAUCCAAUUCACAUCUGAUACCACAAAAAUCUGAAGAUCAAAUUUUUAAAAUUUACUCUAACUUACAAGGUCACCAUUUAUAUCUAAGAUCCAUAUUCAAAUUAUAGGUGGCUAGCCUUCUAACUCGUCACUCCCCUUGGUUUCCCCGUCCUCGAUUUCGUUUCCUGAAAUGGUGGACAAGGAAAACUAUGAGAUAACUCAGUAAGUAAAUAUGGAUAGCCCUUGAGUAAAACUUUUAAGCAUGCCAGAUAAACCAUGUAAGUAUAACAGAACUUUCACUGAUAAACCGUUAAUGCGGAAAUCAAAUUCGGUUCAAUAGCAAAACGUUCAAUGACAAAACCGUCAAUGCAAAAUCAGAUUCAGUUCAAUAACAAUACCCAAAUCCAGUUGAUGAUAGUUGAUUUUGAUGGGUUGGACGAGACGGGAUCGAGGGUUCUAAAUCAAGUCAACCAUGGUAUAAGGCAAAGAUCUAAAGAGUACAUCAGUAACAACUUAGCCAUUGUUGCUAACAUGCUGCUUCUUCUUGAGAAGUUUGGUCUGAAAAUGCAUUAAAGUUUCUUGUUUCUCUUGCUUCAGAUUUCGAUUUCCAAGUCUUGAUUCUCAGUUUCUGGUUUGUAAUGAAAAUGAUUGUGUAAAAUUACACCUGUAAAGACUAUUGUGGAUUUUUAUCUCUUCUUUUCUUUGAUCCAUUUCAUUUCUGUUGUUUUUUUGAAAAUUGAUGAAUUACGAAUUCAAGAAGAGAUGAUAAACAUAAAUAUGGAAA